ACACACAUAGGCUCUCUGCCCACCUCUGCUUCCUCUAGGAACACAGGAAUCUGAUGCUUUUCCAGGAGUCCAGAUCACAUCACAUUCACCAUGAAUUCACUCAGUGAAGCCAAUACCAAGUUCAUGUUCGACCUGUUCCAACAGUUUAGAAAAUCAAAAGACAACAACGUCUUCUAUUCCCCUAUCAGCAUCACAUCAGCAUUAGGGAUGGUCCUCUUAGGGGCCAAAGACUACACCGCAAAACAAAUUAACAAGGUUCUUCACUUUGAUCACGUCACAGAGAACACCACAGAAAAGGCUGCAACGUAUCACGUUAAUAGGUCAGGAAAUGUUCAUUACCAGUUUCAAAAGCUUCUGACUGAAUUAAACAAAUCCACUGAUGCAUAUGAGCUGAAGAUCGCCAACAAGCUCUUCGGAGAAAAGACAUAUCAAUUUUUACAGGAAUAUUUAGAAGCCAUCAAGAACUUUUAUAAGACCAGUGUGGAAUCUGUUGAUUUUGCACAUGCUCCAGAAGAAAGCCGAAAGAAGAUUAACUCCUGGGUGGAAAGUCAAACGAAUGAAAAAAUUAAAAACCUAAUUCCUGAUGGGGCUAUUGGCAAUGAUACCACACUGGUUCUUGUGAACGCAAUCUAUUUCAAGGGGCAGUGGGAGAAUAAAUUUAAAAAAGAAAAUACCAAAGAGGAAAAAUUUUGGCCAAACAAGAAUACAUACAAGCCCAUACAGAUGAUGAGGCAAUACACGUCCUUUCAUUUUGCCUCGCUGGAGGAUGUAGAGGCCAAGGUCCUCGAAAUACCAUACAAAGGCAAAGAUCUAAGCAUGAUUGUGCUGCUGCCAAAUGAAAUCGAUGGUCUGCAGAAGCUUGAAGAGAAACUCACUGCUGACAAACUGAUGGAAUGGACAAGUUUGCAGAAUAUGAGAAAGACACGUGUGGAUUUACACUUACCUCGGUUCAAAGUGGAAGAGAGCUAUGACCUCAAGGACACGUUGAGAACCAUGGGAAUGGUGGAUAUCUUCAAUGGGGAUGCAGACCUCUCAGGCAUGACUGGGAGCCGCGGUCUCGUGGUAUCUAAAGUCCUACACCAGGCCUUUGUGGAGGUCACUGAGGAGGGAGCAGAGGCUGCAGCUGCCACCGCUGUAGUAGUAGAAUUAACAUCAACACUUUCAACUAAUGAAGAGUUCCAUUGUAAUCACCCUUUCCUAUUCUUCAUCAGGCAAAAUAAGACCAACAGCAUCCUCUUCUUUGGCAGAUUCUCAUCCCCUUAGAUGCAAUUAGUCUGUCACUCCAUUUAGAAAAUGUUCACCUAGAGGUGUUCUGGUAAACUGAU